AUGGAGACUGGAGGACUGAUUUCUGAUAUGAGCUGGACCGUCUUCGACUUUCCAUCGCACGGCGAUGAGUCGGAGAUGAUGGCACAGCUGCUCAGUGCAUUCCCCAUCCAUGGUGAGGAGGAAGGCCAGCAGGAGCUUCCCUGGUUUGAUCAAUCUCCCAAUCCAUGCUACUACAAUUGUAAUGCUAGUAGCACUGCAUACAGUAACAGCAAUGCUAGUAGCCUUGCUGCUCCAUCUGAGUAUGAAGGAUACUGCUUGAGUGACUCAAAUGAGACCCUGGGUGUCAGCUCCAGCAUUGCACCACAUGAUCCGAGCAUGGUGCAGGUGCAAGGUGCACCUGAGUUUCUGAAUGUGAUCCCAAACCAUUCCCUUGAUUCAUUUGGGAAUGGUGAGCCGAGCCGCGAGGGCCUCGAUUCAGCCGGUGUUACAAAGAAGAGAAAGCACUCAGCAGAAGAAGAAUUUGAUUGUCAGACAAGGGUAUCAAAAUGUACAAAAAAGGCUGAACCGAAACGAGCGAAGAAGGCAAAGCAAAGUGGACAGAAGGAUGCAAAUGCAACCAUCCCAAAUGGGAGCUGUUCCAGUUCUGACAAUGACUCCAGUUCAUCUCAGGAGGCUGCAGAUGCUGGUGCUACUUCGAAAGGCAAAUCUCGGGCCAGCCAGGGGGCAGCCACCGAUCCCCAGAGCCUCUAUGCAAGGAAAAGGAGAGAAAGGAUCAAUGAGAGGCUCAAGACUUUGCAGAACCUUGUGCCCAAUGGCACCAAAGUAGACAUCAGCACCAUGCUUGAAGAGGCGGUCCACUAUGUGAAGUUCCUGCAGCUUCAGAUCAAGCUUCUCAGCUCCGAUGAAAUGUGGAUGUACGCGCCGAUCGCGUACAACGGGAUGAACAUUGGGCUCGAUCUGAACAUUGACAGAUGAUUCAGUUAUCUUAGAUCCCAGCUGGACAACACAAAUUCUUGUUAUUAUGUUAAUCUCAACAAGUUCAUACUAACCAUGCGGCGUAUUCGACACAAAAAUUAGCCAUUCUGGAAGAACUUAUACAGUUCCAGGUCGUCUGCAGUUACUGAAGGAUCAUACUAGUAAAUUGUUGAAACAGGGUCCUGAAACUCGUGAAGACGAGCAAGGCUAAUUGUGUACCGAAAUCUGCAUGUGACAAUUUUUUUUUUGUUGUUGUUGUCUUCAUGAAAGAUUGAAAGACAUACUCCUUUUGAUGAGGAUUUGUAAAACUAAGAUACUACAUAUUUUGCUGUGAUUUUGUAAGCAAUUGAAAUCCUAGUUGCUUUUGGUUCUUUUCGGAGAAUUUUGUAAGCAUGGCC